AACGCCACUGUUAGCUGAUUGAAAUACUCUGCACUUGAUAUAUUCCAAAUUUUUUUACUAAAUUACAAUUAAUAUGGAGGCAGGUGAAAACGUCAGAAUUGUAAACGAAUCUGACGGUGCAGUAGUUGAAAAUAUCGUUACCGAUGAAGAUAGUGAAACAGUGGCACAGGGCGAAGAUAAGUCGCCUACUUUCGGUUUCACUGAACCAUCUUGGAGAACUGAUCUGUGUCUUGUUGUUGAAGGAACAAAGCUUUACGUCGCUAAAAAUAUUCUUUCACUUGCGUCACCAGUAUUUGAUGCAAUGUUCCAAUCUGACUUCAAGGAAAAGUCAAGUGACGAGCUAGAAUUGCCUGGGAAGAAACUAAGGGACGUCUUAGAAUUCCUUCGAUGUAUUUACCCAAACACAUACACCCAAAUUAAUCGCGACAAUGCUAGGGUCAUUCUUCCUUUGUUAGAAGAGUACCAGGUCCUACAGCUAAAACCAAGAUGUGAAGUAGUUAUACUUGAGACUGUCUCAGAAGAAACAUCGACGAAUGAUUUGUUACAGUUGUUGAAAGAAGCAUGUUUGUAUGAUCUUAAAGCUUUGCGUGCUAGAUGCAUAUUUCUUAUAUCAUCUAGACCAUGUGAUGCAUUGGACGAAAACUACUGUAAGUCGUUCCCUUCGGCAAGUGCAUUAAAUGAGAUUUUUUUAAACCCACUGUGUGUUGUGCUUCGACGUGGUUAUGUGACGGAGCAAGUAAAUGAGGUUACCCAGUGUGGGACCUAA